CACGCCUGUCAUUUAGUACUUGACCCCAACACUCAAGUCCUUAUAGCGCCAGUAUGGGUAUAGUAAUACGAACUCUAAGGUCUAUUGCAAAAAGUCUAGGGAUGUUAAAAAAGCAAAAUAAAGGCCCUGAUACAAGAUAUGUUAAUUAUUAUACAGGGCCAGAAGAGGACAUGACAACAAUCAUUUUGAGUUUAUCAGAGAAUGGAGGUGGAAAUAUAACAAUGGAAAAAGAUGAAACAACAGGAUUAGUGAUGAUAUGUAUAAAUAAUCCACAGAAAAGAAAUGCUUUUAGUGGCAAAAUGAUGGUUGAGCUCCAUAAUGCAGUUACUGAAAUUGAGAAAUGGAAAACUGGAAAAGGGCUCAUCCUGUAUGGUGCAGAAGGGCAUUUUUGUUCUGGUGGAGACCUCAGCUUUGCUCGAGAAAAUUGUAAUCCUCAUGCAGGAUUUCAGAUGGCAACAAUUAUGACAAAUACUCUCCACAGGCUACACAACCUGCCAAUCAUGACAGUUGCAGUAAUAGAAGGAGCAGGUGCCUUGGGUGGAGGUGCAGAACUAGCAGCAGCCUGUGACUUUCGUCUUGCAAGUACAAGUGCAGCUGGAAUAGGAUUUGUUCAUGGCCGCAUGGGAAUUAUUCCAGCCUGGGGUGGAGUUACAUGGCUUGCAGAUGUUGUAGGGUGUCACAAGGCCCUUGACUUAAUCUCGUCUUCACAAAUAGUGACUCCAUCUAAAGGCAUACAGACUGGAAUCAUAGAUGCCAUUAUCAGUGAUGAUAAUCCGCUAGAUGAUGCAAGAGAAUGGUUAAAGGCACGAACACGAAGUGAUCCUGAAGUUAUUCAUGCAAUGAAGGCAGCAAUCAGAAAUGUUAGAGAGUUGGCAUACAAAACUUCACUUCCAGUUGAAAGAAGAAUUUUUGCUCCAUUGUGGGGAGGACCAGCAAAUAAGCUUGCUCUCCAAAGAAAUGUGAAACACAAACUGUAAGAUUAAGAACUGCUUCACAGUAUUACACUUCGCUACGAAACUAUGCAACAGUUUUGAUGCUUGUUUUGUUUUUGUGACACCCACGUGUGUAUUGCAUCCAGAUAACUUAAGUUUAAGUAUAUGAAGGCUUAAUGAUAGUACCAUUAGAAAAGAUAACCUAACUAAAAAGUUAUUAAGCUUACACUUUUUCUCUCUGUUUUGGUGCCAAAAACUUCCGUACUGUUCUUUGCGCAUACUAUUUUACACUGUAUGAAAAUAAUAUUCUUUAAUCUGUUAUUUAGUACACUCCCACAAUUCAUUUUGAAGAUAUAUUACAUAAAUGUAAAA